AUGGAUGCCCCUAACAGCACGCCAGACCAGGAAAAAGAAGGAGAACAACAGCCCAGUGCAUUGCCAAUCGUUUCUGGAAAAGAGAAUUCGCAGGAGGCUUCUGAUCAUGUCCCUCCACUG